ACUCACUCUCACAACCAUAUACCAGGAAAACAAUCCAUCAUCACGACGAAAAAAACCAGAGAUGCACUCAACCCGCAAAUUCCUCGUCCUCCCCCGUUCAACAUACUACGAACCAGACCAACGUCAGGGCGCCUCCCUAAUCCGCGCUCGAAAACCCUUCCUCUUAAAGAAUUUGGCGACGGGCGUCGCCAUGUUUGGCCUCACCGCUUGCAUUUAUGUGUAUACGAUUAGGGCGGUCGCACAGGACGAAUUUGAGGAUGUGGUGGUUCCGGAUGCGCCAGUGCGAAAGAAGUGAGUGAGUAGGGAGAAUGUUAAUGGUGGUUUAAGAUAUAAGAUGCGAGUGAGAUUUUGUGAUUCUGGGGUGAUGUGGAGUGAGGUUGUGGAAUGGUAGUUUCGAUUGUUCCGUUUCGGCUGUGUCCUGCUGGGGGUGCGCUAUUAUGAAGUUUUUUGGGGAUCA